ACAAAGUAAGCUCAUCUACAUACGAUCGCCCGGUUAUGUGUGAGACAGCUUGUGCAGACUGCGGGGAAAGCGCGAUUCUUAAAUAUUGCACACCUCCCCGAGCAUACCGUCUUAACUACAAGACCGGUUAAUAUACGCGUACUUGGAGAAAGAAGUUACUUCGCUCAACACUUGCAGUCUAUAUGCGCAUUUUCUCUUGAAUCGCAAGAGGCGCCAUGCGAGCCAAUACAGCCAGCCGGGAGGGCGCCGCUGAAGCGGGAGGUCAAGCGCGGCACCGUUCCAUUAAUGGACGCGUCCUGGAUGAUCCAGAGCAUCCACCACUGAGAGCUAUUCCGUCCCUGUCGACCUGCAGCCUCCUCCCGCCCAUCCUAUAAACCCUAUUGCUUCGCUGUUUGUGAGCUUGUUUUCCAUCUACCAACUUCGUAUACUUCGCGUUGCCGCUUGUGGACCGACUAAGCUGCAUCUACCUCUCCCUCACCCAAGUAAUCAUAAUGCGCUUUUCCAACGUCGCCAUUCUUUUUGCGCUCAGCUCUUGUGCUGUUGCGCAGGACAUCCUAGGCAGCCUUCCACGUUGUGGGCAAAACUGUUUCGGCAACAACUUCCAGGGCUGCCAGCAGUUCGAUUACAAGUGCAUCUGCGGCAACAAGGAUCUCAUUGCUGAGCUGUCCUGCUGUGUUUCCAAGAAUUGCAACAGCAAUGACCAGAAUACCAUCAUCACGCUUGCGAGCGGUCUUUGCAAGGCCUACGGGGUCGAUGUUCCGACGCAAGCUUCGUGUGCUGCCAGCGCGUCUUCGACUGCAUCCACGGCUUCAUCGGUGUCGUCAGGCUCGGCUUCGAGCGCGGGGGGAUCUUCUGUAACUACAGCACCAGCGACUACUUCUGCCAGUGAGAGCCAAAGUGCAGCUGCGCAGACUUCUACCGGAAGCCCGGGAGCAGCCGGCCCUGUGGCGACUGCGGGCGCUGGGUUGGGGUUGGCAGUAGGCGUACUGCUGGCGGCGCUGUAAAUAAUCAAACGGGAAG